AUGCAUCCACAUCGCCGCGCCCAACUUGAGCUCGAAGCAGCUCAGCAAGCGGCAAAUCCUCGCCCCAUGCAGAAAUCUGCGGCUGAGUUGGCCGCAGCGAUAUUCUCAGUGAGUGGUGCUGCGACGGGUGCGAACUCGGAGCCUGCGGGAGCUAUGCAGCGUCAAGCAUUAGGCGUGCGCGAGAAGACGUCGUCAAUGCAGUCUGCUCCCCGAGAGCCUCGCGCAAUGAGAGCGCACAAAAUCACGAAGCCGACAAUGUCAAAACGAGCAACACAUCGUAAGAAGGAGGAACUUCGCGUUCAGAUCAAAGAAGCCGACCGAGCCGGCAACUAUGACUUUGCGGAGGAUUGCUUCGAUGAGCUCGAGGCUAUCAAAGAAGCACACAGAGCUAAGAGGGCCGAAAAAAAUAGUGACCCCAAGCGUCUUGCCCGGCGGGCGAAGAGUAAAGCUGCCAGAGCCGAGCGGGUAGGCAUAACGAUUGCCAAUGGUACCUACUUGACCCCAGAAGAGAGGCGCGCGAAGCGAAAGGCAGCACUCGAAGCUAGGCUAAAGGCCGAUCCGGUAUUUGCCGCUCAAGAGGCGGAGAAGAUGAAGGUCAGGAAAGCCAAGGAAGAGCAAACCCGGGAGAACAUUGCAGCAGUCGCCCGUUAUACGGUAUUUCGGAAGCAGUCACCUCGCCAACGCACCCUCGAGCAGAAAUCACAGCUUAGCCAGGGACAGUGGCACGCGCAGUAUGGCGACGAUCAGGAACAGCAGGCCCUUUGGAACAUGGCCGGCAAUGGGGAACAGGCUUCCGCGUACCCUUCCUACCAUUCACAUGAAUAUCACCUUUCUCAAAACGAACAUCGUCAGUCAGUGCCUCGCUACUUCCACAAUCAAGAGCAGCAAGAUGCUCUUUGUGAGGAUUACCAACAAGAUUUGAGGGCGCGCUACGAAGAUCCGCAGACCACGCUUAGUCGUAGAAUGGAUCGCAUCAAUAUCGAUGAUCGAUUUUCUGACAGCGUCUCGACCGAUGAAGAUGGAGAUACGGAUGUGGAUGUUGAAAUGGAAGACAUUGCUUCGCCGCUCUCGGUGAUCGGUCAUGAGAGGAAUCAUUCAGAGCUCCUCUGCCCCUCGCCGAUACCCUGGUCUGCACAGUUGCAGGUGGGCGGAGGGGGCCUUCGCAACGAACCUAUUCAAGGACUCGAAGCUCACAGACCCACCCUUCUGAGAUUCCCCAUGCUAGCGGAAGACGCGGUCGGGGGGAUCGACCCUGCUACUCGACCUGGCUCGAAACAUGGCGAUGGCUCGAAACAAUUCCUGGACCCCGACAGCACAGCAUACAAGAUGAUGGCUCGGAUGGGCUGGGCGCAUGGGAAGGGUCUAGGUAAAGACGGGGCUGGUGUAUCAGAUACCAUCAAAGUGACCCUGAAACGAGRCCGAAAGGGUUUGCAGUACGGUCGAGCGAACUCCUCUCCGGUAAGGGAAGUUCAGCAGCCUGCACCCAAUUCCAUCGCCGCCGCUGGAGGUAUCACGAAGCUGCUCCCUAAGAGCACCUCUGCUCAAAUGGUCGGUAACCAUCCGAUCAACAACAGGCAUACGGUCAUCGACCUCACCCAGGAUGAGCCCGUAGACCCUGUUGUGAGCGACGGUCCCAGCUUCAUCGAUCUCACCCAAGACAUAUUCGUGGACCUCACUGGAGAAGAUGACACGGGAAACCCUCACAGUGAUGGCAAGCGCUCAACGGCCACAGAUCUCUCAUCUCCAUCUAGCGAUGCUCGAGGAUGGCGCGCCGCGGCUGACGUUCAUCACGGCUUGGGCUCMCGCCUGUCACCUACCGUGUYGAACAGCGCCGCGUAUGCUGCCCUUAAGGUGUCUGCUGUUGGCGGUGAGCAGAUGGGCGAUGCUCAGGACGUUGCAGACAGAUGA